UAUGUUUUUAAAUUUGAUUGCAUUUUUUUGCAUAGUUCGCUUGGUUAUAUUGCAAGUGCAACAAAGCUAUGAUAAAAUUGAAUACUUACCUGGAUAUUCUAAUAAUAUAAGUUUUAAUCAAUAUUCUGGAUAUCUAAAUGGUAAAAGCUUUCGGAAAUUACACUAUUGGUUUGUCGAGUCACAAAACAAUCCAAAAAAAGACCCCCUGCUUUUGUGGAUGAAUGGAGGGCCAGGUUGUAGCUCUUUAGACGGAUUACUAAGUGAAUUGGGUCCAUUUCACAUUAAGGAUAAGGGAGAUACCCUAUACAAUAAUCCUUAUAGCUGGAAUAAGGUUGCUAAUGUUAUAUUCCUGGAAGCUCCGGCAGGUGUUGGAUUUUCUUACGCGGAAGAUAAUAACUACUCUUUUAACGAUGACGAAGUGUCCUUGGAUAAUUAUGAAGCCUUGAAAGAUUUUUUCCAAAGGUUUCCGCAGUUUUCCGAAAAUGAAUUGUACAUAACGGGAGAAAGUUACGCUGGAAUAUAUGUCCCGACUCUAACAGUUAGAAUUUUGCGGGACAUGCCUCAAAACGGGAUGAAUUUGAAGGGAUUCGCCAUUGGAAAUGGGCUUUUGUCUGUGACCUUGAACAGCCAGUCCAUUUUGUAUUUCGCCUAUAGUCACGGAAUCAUCGGUGAACGCCUAUGGAGACACAUAUUAUCGAAUUGUUGUAAGACGAAUGUGUUAUAUGAAGAAGGGCCCGUGUCUUAUAAGGAUGUCGUAAUUUCCACUUGCAAUUUCUCUAUUGAUACCAACCCUAACUGCAAAGCUAAUCUUACAGAAGCCUGGAGAAUGAUAUUCGAUAUAGGGCUCAACGAUUAUUCCCUCUAUUUACCAUGCGACAAUGAUCCCAGCAACGAAAUAUUCCACAAAUACUUAUACUCGCUCCAUAAAACUUUCCCUUACUCCUAUGAAAACUGGGUUGAAACGGCCAACAGAAAUUAUUAUAAUUACAAAUUCCCCCCUUAUUCAAAUGAAGUUAAUAGGCGCGAAAGCUUUAAUCAAAAUGAUUUAUCGGCCAAUAGCAUCAUCAAUGAGACACCUCCUUGCAUUGACGCAUCGGCUAUGCAUCGAUGGUUGAACAAACCGGAGGUUAGAACUGCCCUUCAUAUAUCAGAUAAGGCAGGAAUGUGGGAUGUAUGUAGCCAACAAGUAGGCGACAGCUAUAAGAGUAUCUACGAGAACAUGUAUCCCCAAUUUGAUUACAUUUUAAAUUACGAAAAUGGAUUUGGGGCGACUGAUUCGAGGCGCGAUUACAAGAUAAGGGGGUUAGUUUAUAACGGCGAUACUGAUCUCAUGUGCAACUUCUUAGGGGCUCAAUGGUUUAUUUCGAAUUUAAAUGUCACUCAGGAGGGCAAAAGGAUAGAUUGGCGUUACGGAAAGCAAGUGGCAGGGUUUGUAGACUAUUAUGAUAAUUUGAUAUUCGCAACGGUCAAAGGCGCUGGGCACAUGGUACCUCAAUGGAGGCCAGGUCAAGCUUUACAUAUGAUAUCCAAAUUUUUAAAAAAUGAGCCACUUUAAAAUCUUGACGAGGACAUCUAGAAAUUAAUUAUAAAAAUGUAUAUGGAAUAUUUCCUUUCUUCAAAAAUAACAAUCAUUUUUAUUAUAUGAUUUCGUAUUAUCGCUCACUUGGCAAAAAUCAUGGAGUUUUUAAUUUAAUUAUCUAUAGCUAGAUCUAAUAUUUAUUUUAUUUUUUUUACCUUGCUUUA